AUGCACCGCAGGACUCAGGAGGGAGGGGGUGCCAUGGCCUCCCGGCUCCUGCACCGGCUGCGACACGCCUUAGGCGGCGACGGCCCCGGGGAGGCGGCGGCGGGCCCCGAGGCCGAGCAGUUCCCAGAGAGCUCAGAACUGGAGGACGACGACGCCGAGGGCCUGUCUUCCCGACUCAGCGGCACCCUCAGCUUCACCAGCGCCGAGGACGACGAGGACGACGAGGACGACGACGACGAGGAGGCUGGCCUCGACCCACUGCCCUCCGGGGACAGGGCGUCAGGAGACGACGCAGAACGGAGCCCCCCACCUGAUGGGCAGCGUGGCAGUCAGCUCUUGGCACAACAACUGCAGAAUUUCUGGAAAAAGUCCCGGAACACCCUGGUACCCCAGCGGCUGCUCUUCGAGGUGACCAGUGCCAACGUUGUCAAGGACCCGCCCUCCAAGUACGUGCUCUACACCCUCGCCGUGACGGGUCCAGGGCUGCCGGAUCGUCAACCAGCCCAGAUCUCUCGCCGUUACUCGGACUUUGAGCGGCUGCAUCGAAACCUGCAGCGGCAGUUCCGGGGUCCCAUGGCUGCUAUCUCCUUUCCCCGUAAGCGCCUGCGACGGAAUUUUACUGCAGAGACCAUUGCCCGCCGUAGCCGGGCCUUCGAGCAGUUUUUGGGCCACCUACAGGCAGUGCCUGAGCUGCGCCAUGCCCCAGACCUACAAGACUUCUUCGUGCUGCCAGAGCUGCGACGGGCACAGAGUCUCACCUGUACCGGCCUCUAUCGUGAGGCUCUGGCACUCUGGGCAAACGCCUGGCAGCUACAGGCCCAGUUGGGCACCCCCUCCGGCCCAGACCGCCCCCUGCUGACCCUGGCCGGGCUGGCUGUGUGCCACCAGGAGCUGGAGGAUCCCAGGGAGGCCCGGGCAUGCUGUGAGAGGGCCCUGCAGCUUCUGGGGGACAAGAGCCCCCACCCUUUGCUGGCCCCCUUUCUAGAGGCCCAUGUCCGGCUCUCCUGGCGCCUGGGCCUGGACAAACGCCAGUCAGAGGCCCGGCUCCAGGCCCUGCAAGAGGCAGGGCUUACUCCCACGCCACCCCCAAGUCUCAAAGAACUGCUCAUCAAAGAAGUGCUGGACUAACUCUUGCCUAGACUUAAGGCCACUGUGGGGAGAGGGGCUACCCCAGGAUGGGGGAGGGCCCUGAUGAAGACAUGGAGAGCAGCUGGAAGGCUGCAAGGGGUGCUGGGAACCCGCAGAAGUUCAACAAAGAGAAUCUGCAGCAGGCCAGGGAGACUUACUUCUGCCAAGCUAGGCUCAGGAUGAGCUUUGGUUGGGGUUGCCUUGAGAUGGUGCAAGAAGUCUGACACAGCCUCUCCAGCCAGGGGCUGUGGUGCAGGUGAGGGUCAAUGUCCUCUUGUCCGUGGGACUCCAAGCCAGUGAGGCAGCCUGGCUGAAGGCUGGGAACUCUGCCCCUGGAGCUAGAGAGAGGGUUGCAGUUCUGGCCCAGGGAAAUUAAAGGCCAGUCACUCCAGUG